AAUCAUUCGGAAGCUUUUCCAAAGGCGAACAGUCACUUGCCAUCCGUCUACACGCUCAGACCAUUUAAAGGAAAUACUGUUCUUAUAAAUCUACAUUGAGAUCGCCAGCAAGAUGCGCUCUCCUUGGCUGCUGCUCGCCUUAGGGCUGCUGGCUUUGACCCAGGUCCAGACCUCCUCGGAAGUUGACGAAGAGCUGUUGGAUGACCUCGACCUGACCGAUAUCGAUGAGAACGAGGAGGAGUUCUUGCGCCUGCUUGAGGAGAAGAACCAGAUCAAGGAUGUGGAGCGGGAGAACGAGAUUGCCACCAAACUUGCCGAGGUCCAGCACAAUCUGCUCAAUCCCGUUGUGGAGGAGGAUCUCUGCGAGAGGAUUCGCUGCGGAGCUGGUCGCAUCUGCCAGAUGCACGACGAGAAGCCCCAGUGCGUGUGCAUCCCGGAGUGCCCCAAGGAGUUGGACACCCGCCGCCUGGUUUGCACCAACACCAACGAGACCUGGCCAUCGGAUUGCUCCGUCUAUCAGCAGCGCUGCUGGUGCGACAGUGGAGAGCCCGGUUGCACCAAUGCGGACAACGCCCACAUGCACAUCGAUUACUACGGGGCCUGCCACGAGCCGAGGGCCUGCGAGGGUGAGGACCUCAAGGACUUCCCCAGGCGCAUGCGCGACUGGCUGUUCAACGUGAUGCGGGAUCUGGCCGAGCGCGAUGAGCUGACCGAUCACUACAUGCAGAUGGAGCUGGAGGCGGAGACCAACAACUCCCGUCGCUGGUCGAACGCCGCGGUGUGGAAAUGGUGCGAUCUGGACGGCGACACCGAUCGCUCCGUCUCCCGGCACGAGCUGUUCCCCAUCCGUGCCCCGCUCGUCAGCCUGGAGCACUGCAUCGCACCAUUCCUGGAAUCCUGCGACUCCAACAACGACCAUCGCAUCACCCUGGUGGAGUGGGGCGCCUGCCUGGAGCUGGAGCCCGAGGACCUCAAGGAGCGUUGCGACGACGUCCAGCAAGCUCAGCCCCACCUUCUGGGUUAAACCGAUGUACAAUGCAUUAAGUAGUUUCGUAUUGCUUCCUUAAUCCAAAAAUGUCUACUUUAACAAGUUUUUGUCUUGUGCUCGGUGUUAAAUGAAAUAAAUGAUAAAAUUUUAAAAAAA